UGGAGGGAGAGCAGCGCACGCGUGAACGGGAAGCGAGAGAGAAGCAUGGCCAUCCACCAUGUCUGCAUCUGCAUGGCCAAAAAGGGGAGGAAGAAGAAAUGAGAUGACAAUGAUGAUGAUGAUGGUUUCAUCACCCAACCCUCCCUUCAAUCCAACUUCACCUCCACAAAAAUCCUAUCCAUUAUCCACCAAACACUCGAAAAUUUCCAUCUUUUCCAGUUAAAAAUCAAAAAUCCCCUAUCCUUGUUUGCUUCCAUUUCGUCGCGGAUUUGGACCACGCUGCAACCAAUCCCCAUCCAGAACGAUCCCAAUCUCCGAUGGGAAGAUUCUAAAUUUGCAAUCCACCCAAGAACUCCACUACGAGAGCUUCCCCCCAAUCAUAACUCCCUCGCUCGCUGCAUCCCCAGUUCCCCACCACGACGACCCAAGAAACGCCUCCUGAAUUCGUCCCUACCCGCGCCAGAUCGGAGCUCGUAGCAAUAAUCAUCGGGAGAGAGAGAUAAAGAGGAAGCAAUGACGACGGAGGUGGCGCUCCUCCGUGGCCCGACCAACCUCGCUUCCCCCACAAGCUCCACCCUGCGCUAUUUAGCCAAUGGCGACAGCGAUGUCUCGCUCCCAAGGAGAAGCAGCCGCGAGGAGGAGAGCCCUGCAGGACUCCAAGAGGAGGAGGAGGAGGAGGAGGAGGAGAGGUGGUCGUUCUUGGCGCUGCUGCUUGAGCUGCUGCGGAAGUCGCUGCUCCGGUGCAGUACGGUGCAGGAGGGCGGCGGCGAGUGCGGGAUGGAGAUUGGGUGGCCGACGGAUGUGCAGCACGUGGCACACGUCACCUUCGACAGGUUCCAUGGAUUCCUCGGCCUCCCCGUGGAGCUCGAGCCCGAGGUUCCCCGCCGGGCUCCCAGUGCGAGUGCAAGUGUCUUUGGCGUUUCAACAGAAUCAAUGCAAUGUUCCUACGAUUCCAGAGGAAACAGUGUACCAACGAUUCUCUUGAUGAUGCAAAGACGUCUUUAUGAACAAGGCGGUCUUCGGGCAGAAGGUAUUUUUCGUAUAAAUGCAGAGAAUAGCCAGGAGGAGUUUGUGAGAGAUCAGUUAAAUAGUGGAAUUGUGCCGGAUGGCAUUGAUAUUCACUGUUUGUCAGGUCUAAUCAAAGCCUGGUUUAGGGAACUGCCGAGUGGGGUGCUGGAUUCUAUCCCACCUGAACAGGUGAUGCAAUGCCAAUCUGAAGAGGAUUGUGCUCGAGUCGCCAAAUGCCUUCCACCAGCUGAAGCAGCUUUACUUGAGUGGGCAGUUAAUUUAAUGGCUGAUGUUGUCCAAGAAGAACAGAUAAACAAGAUGAAUGCUCGUAACAUUGCUAUGGUUUUUGCACCAAAUAUGACUCAGAUGUCAGAUCCAUUGACCGCACUGAUGUAUGCGGUGCAAGUGAUGAAUUUUCUCAAGAUGCUAAUACAGAAGACCCUCAAGGGUAGACAAGAGUCCAAUCUGGAGGACACAUCUCUGCCCCAUAAGGACCCAUCUGAUGAAAGUGGACACCAUAAACCCUGUCUCACACUUGAGUCUCUCCUCGAGGAAGAAUCCAGGCGUCCCUCUUUCGUCGAAGAGGAGCCCAUUCUGAACAGUCCCGCACAUGGCACCGGCUACAAUCCUAUUGAGGUUAAUCCUGUCCAAGGAAAAACUGCUGCUUCCAUUGCACAGACAAGUGAAGUUCAGACGAUCAUAGAGGGCUCCAGUAGUUGCUCCCGACCUUCUCUGACUGAUCCGCCUGCUACUGCUGAUCCUGUCUGUGCUGAAGCUGCGAACUCGCUUCAACGAAAGGGAAGCCGAAGCCUGAAUAGUAGGAGGACAAGAAAGGGCAAAGGGCAGUCUGGAACGAGUGCCACUUCCUCAGCUGAGAAAUCAAAAGGCACGAGCAUUGUAAGCCGGAUAAACUCCAAGAUUGAACGAAUUGAAGCAUGGAGGUGAAAUCAAUUGUUAUUGCCCCCCUUAUUGUCAUGUAAUCGAUUACCCAAUGUUUCCUUAAGACCGAGUUCGGUGUUCUUGCACAUUUUUCAAUUUUGUUAUGCUUAUUGUUUCUUGUUGGAUCAUGAUCAUGUUAUUUUGAUACGGCUAACUUAUUUUGUCUUGUCUGUGAGUACAUGAGGUUGUCUGUGAAUGCAACAAAGAAAUUUUGAUUCCUUCGUACA